AUGGGCAAGGAACACAACUUGGCUCAUCGGAAGACGGUCAUCACGUUGGGCUCUUCUGUUCCAAGACGGGAGGAGUGGUUAUCACGGCUGAAGGAUGCGACCGCCGUAAGAGUGAAGCACUUCUCUUCACGCACGAAGUAUUUGGUCGCUGGCAGUGUCACGGACUCCCUCUAUAGGAGAGCUGUAGCCUUAGGCAUUCUCAUAGUCAGUCAAGAGUUUUUGGAACGAUGCCAACGAUUGGAGCCACCAGACGACAUCGAAAGAGUGGCAGAGGAGUGCCGGCUCCCACGUUUUGCAGGCCUGACUAUUGUUUUUUUGGGCUUCAACGACGAGAUUGUUGAGGAUCAUGCUCGUACUGUAGAGUCAAAUGGAGGCCAUGUAACCACCUCAACAUUAGAAGCUACCCAUGUUGUCGUUGCUCCUGACGUACGACCACCGGCAUCCUGCCAUGGAAAAUAUCUCAUCACUAUGGAUUGGUUCCAACAGAGCAUGGAUUUGGGAUGGUGUGCCAACGAGAAGUGUUUCGAGUACACAUGGGUAGAACCGGCACCACGGCUUCGACCUCGAAAUAGUUUUCUGAAGUUUCAGCGAAGAAGGCGAGAAGAAUGUAGUGCCAAGAAGUACAAACGCUAUCAACUCUGCUUGGAACUAUUCAAAACUGAAGUUAAUUGCUUGAAGGCGUCGGAUUUCCUCGUGAGGCUUUUCGAAGAGAACAUACACGUCCCGACGGAUGCAAACGAUAUUAUGUUUGGUGUGUACGCUGUGAUGCGUAAGGCCCACGACAAAAUCGUUCAGAGGAUGGGACAAGUGCUUGACACGUGGAAUGAUGACAGUACUAUUGGAGAUGUAAUUUUUAUUUCUAAUUUCAUAGAUCUCUUGGAGUGGUUUUAA